GUCAGAAACGAGCCGAGUGGUGGAGAAAAAAAUUGAAAAUUUCUUCAGAGGGGGAAUUUAACUUAUCUGCUCCUUUUCCGUGAACAUAUUAGCGAUUAAUUAAAAUCCUAUCGAAAUGGCUUGUAACGCUAGCAAAGUUCCCUUGUUGCGUGUUAUUGCUAAACGUGGAUAUGCCGCUGCCUGUCCCAGACCAGUUGGUGAAGUUGCAGCUGUCCAAACUAAGCAACUUGACAACAAAGUUGUUGUAGCCACCGCUGAAGCUCAAUUGCCUGUCACUCGUGUUUCUGUGGUCUUCGGAGCUGGUUCCCGCAAUGAGACAUACGAAACCCAAGGUGCCACACAUUUGUUGCGUGUUGCUGGUGGUUUGACCAACAAGAACUCGACUGGUUUCGCUCUUACCCGCAAUAUCCAGCAAGUCGGUGGUAACUUGACUGUUACUUCUGAUCGCGAAGUUGUUGCUUACACUGUCGAAACCACUGCCAACAAUUUGGAAGUUGGAUUGCAUUACUUGCAAGAUGUUAUUCAACCCGCUUUCAAACCAUGGGAAUUGUCUGACAGCGUACCAUUCAUUAAGAACCAAGUUGCAACUGUCCCACCACAGGUUCAAGCUGUUGAAUUGUUGCACAAGGCUGCUUUCCGUACUGGUUUGGGCAACUCUGUGUACAUCCCCAAGUUCCAAAUUGGCAAAUUGUCAAGCGAAACCAUGUUGCAUUAUGUUGCUAACAACUUCACUGCUGGUCGCUGUGCCGUCGUAGGCGUUGGUGUUGACCACAACGCCUUGGUUGGUUUUGCCCAAAGCUUGGAAUUGCCCACUGGUGGCAAAUCCAGCUCUGGUGCCAACUACUAUGGUGGUGAUGCCCGCAAGGACACCCCCGGCAAUGUAGCCCAUGUUGCUGUUGCUGGUCAAGGUGGUGCUGUAAGCAAUCCCAAGGAAGCUUUGGCUUUCGCCGUUUUGCAAUACGCCAUUGGCAGUGGUCCAGCCACCAAGCGUGGUGCCGUCAACGGUCCAUUCGGCAAAGCUCUUGCCUCUGCCGUCGGUGAUGCCAGCGCCUGCUUCUCUGCCUUGAAUGCCACCUACUCCGAUGCUGGUCUCUUCGGUUUCGUUGUCUCCACUGACGCCCAAAAUGUUGGCAAAGCUGUCGAUGCUCUUGCUCGUUCCCUCAAAUCCGGCACAGUAUCCUCUGAUGAUGUCAACCGUGGCAAGGCUUUGUUGAAGGCUGCCGUUUUGGACGCUUACGCCACCGACAGUUCUUUGGUUUCCGAAAUGGGCUUGCAAGCUGUCCUCACCAAGGAUGUACAAAGCGCCGAUGCUCUCGUUGCUGCCAUCGAUAGUGUCUCUCAACAAGAUGUACAAGCCGCUGCCAAGAAGGCUGGUUCCUCCAAAUUGUCUGUUGGUGCUGUCGGUAAUUUGGCUAAUGUCCCAUAUGCUUCUGACUUAGCAUAAAUGUAGAAAAACACAACAACUUUUUC